UAAGAAGCUGCGAAUAAGAAGCUGGAUUCAGCCUCGUUUUUGACUCAUCGGUGUACAUGUCUUUAUUCUAAAAAAAAGUAAACAAUUGUUUUGGCCUAUUGAACCUGUCGCAUUGUUUUAACCCAUAAUAUAAUGUAAUGUUUGUCAGCACAGUUUGAAACUGAAGUUUGUUACUUUCGGUUUCUUCCUGGCGUGCGCGCGCUCGGUCGCAUUCCUGGCUGCAUCUGAAGUGGCACGAGGAGGAGCAGUCUGUUGUGACGCAUAACAUUUCCAGUAAAAGACUGCCCUCCUGUUCGAAUACAUGGACGAAAGAGCUAGUUCGCAAACUUCACAUUUUUUAAAAACUUUUUAUAUAUUUUUCACCAAACUGGGAAUGAUAAACAGCAAUAACAGAGGAUGUUUAAUCGCCAUGUGAAGUGUGUUUGAUGACGUGAGAAGCAGCGCCCCCUAGAGCUCAUAAUGACACAGCACAACACAACACACCGGAGGAAACAUCACCUCAGCAUCUGUUUAUUGCUGGUUUUAUUCUGCCAAUCAUAUGUAGUUGGGCAAGGACAGUGCUCUGAAAAUGAAUACUGGAACGACCAAGGAUUCUGCUGUGAUAAAUGCCAUGCAGGGUUUAAGCUUAUACAGAAAUGCCCUGCACUGGGGCAAAGGUCUGUCUGUAAGAAAUGUGAUGCUGGGACGUACUCAGAAAAGGCAAACUUUUACAGAAACUGCUUCAAAUGCACAAGCUGCAAAAAACCCAAUAUGGUGACAGUUUCAAACUGUACGGUCACAAGUAACAGCACGUGUAAAUGUAAUGAUGGAUACUACAUGAAGAAAUUAACCACUUCGACAUUAGAAUGUCGUCUCUGUAAGAACUGUGGACCUGGGCAAUGGAAGAUUGGAAAUUGUACUGGGGAAGACUAUAACCAUUGUAUGUGCAAAGAUAAACAUUAUAGUGUGAAACCCAACUCCUGUGAACCAUGUGUUAGGUGUCAGGAGGGGUGUGGAUUCUUGUGUAACUCCAGCAAAACAUUAAACACGGUUCGAAGUCCUACUACAGACACAGUUUCUCAAAUAGUGGUUCCGGUUUGCUCAUGCAUCAUGGCUGUAGCGGUGGGAGUGUUUAUGUUGUACGAGGGCAUUCGACUCUGGAGGAAAAGGAAGCGAGCUUUGUCGGCCCAGUCGUCGCCACAUGAUCCUGUGUCGAUGACAGAAGUUGAGACAAUGGUUGUGACAGAUUCACCAGAUUCAGUAAUGAAGCACGUUCCGAAGCCGUGUGAAACAGAACGAGCCAGUGAACUUCCAGACUGCGUCCCAAGAGAGAUCAAAGUUGCUGAGUUCAUCUACUUUGUGUUGGACGAGAUACCUGUUGCACGAUUUAAAGAGGUCGUGAGGAGACUUGGCAUCUCAGAGCAGGACAUCGACAGGGCAGAACGAGAUAACCGGGCAUUCAAAGACGCACAGUAUCAAAUGCUGAAGGUUUGGAGUGACAGAGGCAGUGGAGGAGGAAACAACAUUUUGCCUUGUCACCUCAUCCAGUUGUUUAUAGAUACUCUGGGAGACAUGUUUUUAGCCAGCUGCGCAGACAGUAUUGAGAACAGGUUUCUUUCAUAGGACAGAAACAUUUCACAUUGAGGGCAUUGGAAGAGAAUGGAGAUAAAGGCAUUAAUAGAGAACUUCAGCUCUACUUUCAAAGUGGAAGUGGAACUGUACACGACAGCAUAUUUCCAGUCGUCUAUGAAAUUUCACACUAACCUUUUUUCUAGGCCUUUUUUAUGAAUUUGUAAAAAUCUGUUUUGUGUUAUUGUCAAGGCUUGAUGAGAGCUGUAAUAGUUUAUAUCUAAAUGAGGUAGUUGGGCUUGGUUUAUUUGUAUCUGCAAAUUUGUUUCUCAUGUAAUGUACAUGCUUAAAAUUCUGUUGUAGUUAUACUUUCAGUAGAAUUGGGCGAAAGUCGCAUUUUCUAUAAAAAUAGAAAUAUUUUAGAAAACAUAUUUUUGCACAAAGAAGGCUAUUAAGAUUUUGUACAUAUUACAACACAUUCCUUUAAGUGAAAUAUUCACGCAAUAAUGUAACGUUCAUAUUAUCUGCACCCUUAAACAGCCUGUAGUCGCACUCACACAGUACAUGGCUGUAUGUAUUUUGUCAUUCCACAGUCCUCCACAUGGAGGGUUUUACAGUAUGGUGCUUCAGCAAAAAUGAUCAAAAAGAGCAUUAAUGUUCAAAUAUAUAUGUGAAUAUGGUAUGAUAGAUCUUGCAGACUAUCAGAAGAGGUGAGUUUAGGUCAUCUUUGGUUCUGGUGGGUUGUGGUAACUGUAACAAAUUUGUUUCCCGUUUUCAAACAUUCAUUUAGCUUGUUUCCCCCAGGCAGCUAGAGAAAAUAAAAACGACUGAAACUCUUCAAAGAGUAUAGGAUGUAUAACCUAAGCAAACAAGAAAUCGGGUGUCCUGUUUCUUGCGCCAUGUAGUGUUGCUUCUGCAACAGGAAGACUUGAGUUUUAUUUGAUUUUCUCUUUGUAAUUCUGAAUUUUAUGUGCAUUCACAUCAUAUGAGAAGGUUUGCGCAGAGAACACGCUUCCUGAAACCUUGUAAAAACUUUUUUACAACAUUUUUAUGCACAAAAUUUUGUUUGGUUUAUAGUCAUUUCCAUUUGGAGCCACGAGGCAUACUGUAUCUUUUUAUAUAAAAGCUUUUUGGUAUUUUUGUUUGCAAAUGAAAUAAAAGAUUUCAGUCAGCA